AUGGUGCAAGUUGUUGAAUUGAAGUUCGGCAAAAGGAAAUGUCAUUGUGACCAUCCUGUUGAGGGGCAGGGGGAGACAGAAGAUAAUGCAGAUGCGGUAGAUAUUUCCUCGAUCGAGGUUAGACCUAAAGAAGCUGAGGCUUGUUGGGACUCGCAAGAAUGUUCAACCAAUAAAACUGAGAAUGUCACAGAAGACGAGGCUGACGGGGGUUUACGAAAUUUUAACGACGCUUCCAAGCAGGUGGUGCCUGAAUCACUACCAACAACAUCAGCCUCAAGUAUUUUCAGUUCUGAUCCAGCACGGUGGACAACCAUAAGCGCAGAUCUUAUCGAUUACUUCUCUCGUAAUCACCCUGUGCAGAAAUUGGAUAUAAAUUUUAAGUUAUACGCCACUAAAUUUGGCGAAAUAAUGAGAUGUCCAUCACAAGAUUAUUUUUUCAGAAAACUGAACAACAAUGAUAUUAUAAAAAGGGACUGGUUGAUAUUUUCCGAAUCUACUGGCAAGUUUUUUUGUUAUAAAUGUAUUUUGUUCAAAUCGGACCUACCUGGAAAUCCAAACCUGUGUAACCAAUUCCUUACAGGCUUUAAUGACUGGAAAAACGCACAUUCGAGAAUUUCAAGUCAUGAAGUGUCAAAAGAACAUUUUGCAUCUAUUUCUGCUUUAGUGAACUACCAACAAACUAGAAAAAUUGAUGAGACGUUUGAUAUUGUCAAGGAAAAAGAAAGCACAUAUUGGACAACGGUUUUAAGAAGAGUAGUGGAAGUAAUUAAGUUUUUGGCCGAAAGGGGACUAGCGUUUAGAGGCGAUAAUGAAAUACAUGGUGAUCCUAGUAAUGGCAAUUUUCUUGGGUGUAUCGAUCUCUUAGCCAAAUUUGAUCCGUUUCUAGAAGAACAUGUAAGAAGAUACGGUAAUCCAGGCCGCGGAAAAGUAUCAUAUUUAUCCUCCACAACGUAUGAAGAACUAAUAAUUUUACUGGGGUCAAAAGUAUUGGAAAAAAUAGUUACAGAAAUCAAAGAAGCCAAGUAUUAUGGAAUCACUGUGGAUUCUACACCUGACGUUAGCCAUACGGAUCAACUCUCCAUAGUUAUUAGAUAUGUCUCAAAAACUGGAGAUAUAUAUGAAAGAUUUUUGAUGUUUGUUAAAAUAGAAAAACAUGAUGCCAAGUAUCUUUUUGACACUCUAAUUUCAGUUUUAGAAAAUCAGGGAAUAGACCCAAAAUUUUGCAGAUGUCAGUCUUAUGACAAUGCGGCUAAUAUGAGCGGAGUGUAUUCGGGAGUACAAACUAGAUUUAGGGAAAUCAACAGCGCAGCCACUUGGGUACCAUGUGGAGCUCAUAGUCUUAAUCUAGUUGGCACAGCGGCGGCAGAAAGCUGCUUAGAAGCUGUAAAAAAUUUUUGA